UUUGGCUUUCUUAUCUCGAGCACGAGGGAACCAUCUAUGUUUCGUUGUGAAGGUGAUGUUCAUUAAUUCUUGGCGGGCUUGUUCGUCAGUUUUCUUUUUAAAUAUCUCCAUGAGUUCUGGUGUCAAUUUGGUUUUGAGUACUGAUGUGUCUUCUUCUAACUUCGGUUCUGGUAAAGGUCUUGUACACUCGUAGGGGAAAUCCUGCUGUGGGUGCCAUGCGACGAAAGUACUUCCAUCAUCGGUCAACACAAUAGGUGUGCUGUUUGUUCUUUUGGAAUACAAACGAUUAGACAAGUUUCUAACUAAAGUAAUAUUUCUCAACAUCUUUUGUAAUCAUGCACAAUCAACAAUGUUGUGAGGUUAUGUUUGAAAUGUUAACCUUAAAAAAUGUUCAGUACUUUCAGAAUCUUUUUGAAAGAUCUCUCACAUAAAGGUUUCUAUCACAAAUUGCUAUUCAGCAAUCGAAACAUCCACAGUAGCAAUGUUAGGCAAUCGAAGAUUGGAUCAAAUCAAGCACUGAAAUCGAAGUCAACCCUCUAUUAUGUAACAGCAGCGGGUGUACUAGUUGUAGGUUUCAGCUACGCGGCCGUACCUCUGUAUAGCAUGUUUUGUCAAGCCUACGGGUACGGUGGAACUGUGGCCGCGGGGCAUGACAACACAAAGGUGGAGAGCAUGGCCGCAGUUAAACACAAGCCAAUCAAAAUCAAAUUCAAUGCAGACACCGUGUCCAGCAUGAGGUGGAACUUUAAGCCACAACAAUUGGAAAUACAAGUAGUUCCAGGCGAGACUGCUUUAGCAUUUUACACUGCCCAAAAUCCGACCGACGUACCCGUUACUGGUAUAAGUACGUAUAAUGUUGUUCCUUUCGAGGCCGGUCAGUACUUUAAUAAAAUCCAAUGUUUCUGCUUUGAAGAACAACAGCUAAACCCACAUGAACAGGUCGAUAUGCCCGUUUUUUUCUACAUUGACCCGGAGUUUGCUCAGGAUCCGGCAAUGGAGUAUAUUAAAGAUAUUACGUUGUCAUACACAUUUUUUGAAGCAAAAGAAGGAUUGCAGUUGCCCAUGCCUACGUUUAUUAAAUAGGACUAGUUUGUUAAUGUGUAUAAGGAGGAUGCAAAUAAAAAAGUUAUAAUUUAU